UUUCGACUAACCCAGCCUGUUAGAUCGGCGGUAGAUUUCAGUCUAAUGGUGCGUUUCGAAUGUAGUAUACGGUUUCGCGGGUGGUUUAGUGUACAGACCUACAGACGCGUCCCUAUGAUUAGGUUUUACCUAUCUAUUAUCUACUAACGCCACAUUACACUAGCGGGUUGAAUGAGUUGAUUUUUUCGUUUGAUUAGCUCACACCCACGGGUGAAUAAAGAGCUUGCGGGUGUGAAAUUGUCGUGUUCCGAAGGUUAAAUGCAUUUCUAGUGUGCCAUGGAGAAAAUCAGUUAAAUUGUAAUUCCUAUCAAGUGAAAAAAGAAGAAAAGUCAGGCUUGUGGAUUAAAAAUUUCCGAACCGAACAAUUGUCCGUGAACCAUGUCGCCCGCAUUCCUGGCGGUGAUCGCCGUCAUCUUGUGUAUUUUGUUCCGAAUACUGAACGUCAAUAGUCAGCCGCAGAUUCCGUAUCUGCUAUGCCGAGAUGGACAAUUCAUGGAAUGUUUCAACAAAAUUGCACCGAUGCUGAGGGAACAAUACAUUCCUACGCGCCUAUGGGGCUUCAGCGGUCACAUUCAGACCAUUAUCCACAGUAUUGUGGGUCGUGUAAAAUGUCCCUGGCCACUGGGGGAACGAGUCUAUCUGGCCCUGGCGGACGGAUCAACGCUAACCUACGAUUUGUACCAGCCAUUGAUAAACAACGUUGAAGACGAUAUCACAGUAGCUAUCUGUCCCGGGAUCGGCAAUUCUUCCGAAUCGGUUUACAUCCGAACUUUUGUCCAUUACGCACAGUGUCACGGCUAUCGAUGUGCCGUGUUGAAUCAUAUCGGAGUUCUGGAUAGUGUUCAGGUUACGUCUAGUCGAAUUUUUACCUACGGCCACACCGAUGAUUACGGUGCAAUGAUUAACAGCCUGUUGAAGAAGUACCCUACAUCGAACAUUGUCUCCGUGGGAUUCUCAUUAGGCGGUAAUUUAAUUUCCAAGUAUCUGGGUGAAGCCGAGCGGCCUAGCAACAUCAUCGGUGGCGUUUCGAUAUGUCAGGGGUACAACGCAGUUGUUGCAACCCAAUGGUUACUCAAGUGGCAAAACUUCCAUCGUUUCUAUCUCUACGUUCUGACCGAGAACGUGAAAAGUAUUAUCAUGAAGCACCGCCACGUGCUUCUGGCGGAUGACAUCAAGCAGCGACAUCAGUUGAAUGAGCGCGAUAUUGCCGCGGCGGCCACACUGCCCGAAUUGGAUGAGGCUUACACACGACGUGUGCACAACUUCAAGACCGUCAAAGACAUGUACAGUUGGAGUAGUUCGGUGAACUAUUUGGCAAACAUCAAACGUCCAAUGGUGUUUGUCAACGCAAGGGACGAUCCUCUAGUGCCGGAUGUUCUGCUUUCUCCGAUCAAGGAAUUUGCAUCAACACACAACAAAUCACUUUACGUCGAGCUUGCUAACGGUGGGCAUCUCGGAUUUUACGAAGGUGGCCUAAUCUAUCCGAACCCAGUUACAUGGCUGGAUCGUGCCCUCGUGGCACUAGUCGGUGGUAUUGUGAUGUCGCACAACGAUCUGUUGGUGGCGAAACAAAGUUCAAUCAUCAUUUAAGAUUCGCUAACAUUCCCUUCGCUAACGUCCCGCAAUCGGAGCACCGAUUGGAUACAGCGGUGGUUGUUGCCUUUUUUGGCAAUACCAUCGACGCCCUCGCUUCGUGGUGUUUUCAUCGCGUUGCUCAAACUGCUCGUGUCCACCGUUCGUCGACGUAGGUCAGAGUUCAUUUCGAGUUCCUCAUCCGUAGUGACGACGCCCGAUCCGAAGGAGUAAUCUUUUUUUAAAACAUGUUUAGAAUUUAUGUUUUAGCUUAGCACAUGAUGAUAUUUAGCGAAGGGAAUGGUGAAAUGAACAACAAGCGUCUUUCAUUUUAAAGUCUAUUUUUAUUAUAGCACAAUAACGAUUGAGUUCAUAGAAGCCCAAAAAAGUCUGGUGUUAAACCGACGCAAUGUCGCUAAAUACAAAACAAAAAAGAAAACGUGCAUAACCAUAAGUAGUGUGUCCAUUGUUUAAUGUUGUUAUAAAUCCAUUCUUUUAUUUUUAAGAUAAUCAAGUGAAAGUGAUGCUACGAAUAUAUAUUUGUACAAUCGAAUAAGGUCAACAGCGUACAAUUUUAAUAAAUUCGCAUUAUUGAAAAAAAUGCUUUACCGAUAAUAGAACCGAAAAAAAUAGUAGCCACGGCGUAAAUUUUCUUCCGGAAAAGGCUUAGUAUGUUUGUCAUUAAAAAUUAAGAUACCGUCGUGUAUAGUUUUGCUACAAAUCAAUUCAAACCUUUUUCAGAACAAGCAAAUACUGAUCGUGUAAAUUUUUGCAGCUAGGCUGUUUUGAUUUGCAACUGGAAGUUUAGUUUCAGUAUGGUGAUCAGAAUGAGAUUCAGGUAUUAAAUAUGUUUAAGAGAACUAGUGCACAAUAGAUACUUCAAAAAUUCGUGUUUUCUUUUUUGUAGCAGCUUGUGAGAUAUGAUUCUUAUACUUAAAAUAGACAGUUUUCAUCCUUAUUAAUUUAUUUGUUGUGAUUCUUUAUUUAGAGAGCGAGUAUCGGUAAUCAAUGAUGGAAAACUGCUAGAUCCCACUUAGACUUUAAUUGACUUCGACUAAGAUUAAAACAACGUUAGUGUGUGAAAAAAAAUUACUCAAUUUUACCACAAAAAAAAUACACGCAUCAGCUCACGGCGUGUUCGUUUGAAGUUAAACUCAAUUUGGUUUUAAACCUAAUUUCUUUCAAAUGUUCGGAAAUGCGUUAGUAUCGAAUCCAAGUGAAAACGACCUUAGUUUUUGCGCAAGAAUCUAUUUCUCAGUCAGUGAAACGGGGGGGGGGGGGGGGGGGGUCGUUACACCGAAUAGAAAUUUACAAUUGAAUUUUUACUACAUGCUAUGGAAGAAUAAUAUACAGAAAAAAAAUGAAAAUAACACGAUGAGUAAAUCAAUAGUAAGAAAAAAUUGUCAUCGAUAUAAAAUUGAAUUGGAAUGCAUUAAUUUUUCGAGAACUUCGAAUCAAUUUUAUAUUUAAUUCCAUAGUCCAAAUAUGUGCAUGAAAACAUGUUAAUUUUCAAAAUAUUUGCUCUUAUUCUGAAUAACGACGUAUUGGUUUUUCGAUCGAAUAUGGUACGGUCGAAUCCUAGCUACCUUUGAUUUUGCUGGCGUUAUUAGGAAUACGAAUGAAAUACGAUCGAAAAAACGAUACGUCGUUAUUCAGAAUAAGGGUGAUUUUACCCUUUUGGCGAUAUUACCCUGAAAACGACGGCUUUGUUUAUGUAGAUUUCUAUUCGGGACUUCACACACACACCGACAUGUUAGCUUGAAUCCGAGAAGAGUGGCCUUAAGUUGAAGGUUAAUCUACACUGAGAAAAGGGUGAUUUUUUCAGGAAGUUUUUAAGAAUUAUAGAAUCAUUUUUUUCUAAAUAAAAGUACUCACGAUCGAUAUUUUCUUUAAA